AUCUACACCAUAAACUGUCAUUAAUGUUUACAGCUAAGAUCAGCUGAUUUAUGUUUUUAAUCAUAAAGAAUAAAAAAUCUUCCAGUUCAAAAGAUGGCUGAUGAAGUGAAGAAGGUUUUGCUGCAAAUACUGAAUAAAGUUACUGGCUUGUACUGUAUCAUAAUCUCAGAUAGGGAUGGAGUGCCGAUUUUGAAAGUGAGCAAUGAUAAAGCUCCAGAGAUGAGGCCCAGCUUCAUAUCGACAUUUGGUUUGGCCAUUGAUCAGGGCAGCAAAUUGGGACUGGGGAAGACAAAAACAUUGAUCUGCUCAUAUGCACAUUACCAAGUCGUUCAAAUGAAUAAACUGCCAUUAAUUGUUAGUUUUGUAGCUAGUGAUACAUGCAAUACAGGACACGUUCUAGCAUUGGAACAACAGAUUGAACCUAUAUUAAAUAAAAUCAGGGUGGCUGUUGCAGAAACAUAAACAAUUUGUAUAUAUAUAUAUAUAACU